GCAAGAAACACAGGAGAGGUAAGCAACUUAGCAACAGGCAUAAAUAAGUUUCAGUAAAGUUGUUAAUGUUUAUAUCAUUUGUUGGCAAACAUAUUUAACUGAAUGUGGACGUAAUUUAUAUUGAAAUGACAAAUAUACGCCACUUUGACGCUAUCAAAAUAUUCCUAUAUUCUGGACACAAAGUUUAUAAGUAAUUAUCAUUCUACCUUAAUUAUGAUGGAUGAAAUUGAGGAAACACCUCACAAACCUAAAAAGGAUUCGUUUCAACUGGAAUUAGAAGCCAAAAUGGAGGAAAGGCGUGCUCGUGGUUAUGGUACGGGAUUUUCUCCCAGAGAUUCCAAUAACAGUUGCUACAGCAAGGAUGAAGAUAAUUUACUUCAUGUGGGCAUGAACAAGCACAAGGCAAUAUCUGGAAUUGAGUCGAAGCAGAAAUCUUUCAAUUUUAACGAUACUUUGAGGUUUGAUUCUACAAGAUCUAUAUUUGACAAACAUGCAAAUAUAAUUAACAAAACAUCGGAUACAGAUUUUUCAUUAAAAUCAAAUCAGUUCAGAAGCCCUUUGCGGUCAAAUGACAUCUCUGGGAGAAAUUCUGAAAUGAAACGUUCUCUCUGGAGAGAUGCUAACUUUGACGAUGUUUUAAAUAGCUCAACUGAUUCUACACAGACGAAAAAAGAAUUCCAAUCAAACAGGUUAGAGAUGUUACCAGAACAUUCUUUAUCCAGCAAUGUUUCUCAACUAUUGGACCUCUUUGGUUUCUGUUUUACCCUUCUGGACUCCCAUAAGUCAUUGCAGAGCUGUUCUGAAACAGAUCUUCCACGACACAGAUUUCUAAAAAGUACCAAAACCAUGCAAGAACCAAAGAAUGAUAAAAGAGAGACAACAGCUACAUCUUCUCCAAUACCAACACCAAGAACUCAUAAAACAGAUUCUAUUUCUUCUUCCCCUGCCAAUAAAAAUGGUAAACCAAGUAAAAGUUUAUCCGAUAUUCUUGGAGAAGGUGGCUUUUCUGAAGAACCGUUGCUUGAAACAAGCAAUCAAAAGUCAAACUAUAAUUCAUUACAAAAGCUAGACGAGACAAAUGAAGACAACAUCAACAGUAGCUUACAAGAAGAGCCUGACUCUUAUAAAAUGAAAGAUUCUAUCUCUGAGAGUCAACAAGGAAUGCUUGAAGCAGAUACAGUAGACAAAGAGCCAAAGAAGAACUUUUCUAACUAUGAUGACGAUGAUGAUGAUGAUGAUAUCCUUUCGAGUUUACUCAAACGAAAAAGCAAUAAAAAAGAAGAAACAGUUCAAAAAAUGACUGGAUUUGUCGAAAAUGAAAAAGUGGCCACAGAAUAUCAAGAAGAGAAUUUUAAAUCAGAGAACCAUUUUAAUGACAACAAUUCAGAAGAGAGAAGUGAAAUCUCCAAGAAUGGUGCCACCACAUUAUUAGAUGGUUCUAGUCUUGAUAAUGACAAACCAAAAGUGAAGCCUCGUAAACAGAGACGACAAUCUCAACAGUCUGAAAGAACUCUUAGUCCAAACAACCAACAGGAAGAAUUGGCACAGUUAUCUGACGUAUUUACCGAGAACACAAAGAGAAAACAGUCUGUUUCGAAGGAAUUACAACCCCAAUCUCUCCAAACCCAAAAGUAA